AUGGCCCGGCUUGUGUCUUCACUGGGCUCGUUCUGUCAGCUCAAUGCGUUCGGCUGUCUGGCUCUCUGCUACCUGCUCCUCAUCUUCCUGGGAGGCGUGGUGUUCAUGGCCGUGGAGAAGCCGCUAGAGAAGGAGCUGAGGGCUGAGGUGGAGGAGCUGCGGCGCUCCUUCCUGCAGGAGAACCCGUGCAUCCAGGAGAGCCGGCUGAGGGAGCUGCUGGGGAAAGCUCUCGCCGCUCACAGCAGCGAUGUGGCUGUCCUGAACGCUGACGCUGAGGAGAAACGCUACGACUUCACAUCAUCACUGUACUUUGUCAUUGUCACUCUGACCACCAUUGGUUCUGACUCGUACACCCCAAAAUCAGACGAGGCCAAACUCUUCUGCAUCUUCUACUGCACCGUGGGGAUCCCCCUCACCUUGUUCCUCCUCACUCUCCUCUCCAGCCUCCUCCUGCGUGUCAUCACCCACGCUCCUGUCCACGUCCUGCACUAUUACUGGGGUUUGUCCCACACCCGGGCAGCCCUUGUCCACAUUAGCCUCCUCUUGCCGCUCGUCCUCUCCCUCCUUUUCCUCCUCCCUGCCCUCCUGGUCUGUGCCGUGGAGUCGGACUGGAGCUACCUUGAUGCUCUCUUCUUCUGUUUCGUCAUCCUGAGCACCGUUGGUCAGGGAGGAAACUCUCUGGGGAGAAGCUGGAGCCCAAAGGCCAAGGAGACCCUUGAACUCCUCACCACAUGUUACCUGCUGGUGGGCCUGGUUGUGAUUAUUACCUUAAAGGAUACUGUCCUCCAGGUUCCCCAGUUCUGUGCGGUGAUGAGGCUCUUCUCUGGUCCACAGUACUCAGAACUGGAAGGCAUCCAUCUCAAUGAACUGGCCCUGAGUGAGGACAACCCUGAGGACGAUCCCCAGUACUGCCAGUCCAUCUGCACCAUCUCAUCCACUCCAUUAGAGCUGCAGAGUCCCUGUUCAGACCUUCACAGUGGCAGAACCCUAUCCCUGGAAACCUACUGACCAUCACAACAGGACACCAAAACCCAACAGGUUCUGUUCCAACUCUUUGUUUGGAUAUUCAAAUACUGUGCACUCCUCUACAGUCCAAUCUGAAGUUCUAAAGAGUCAAAAUGUGCCACCAACCAUGUGGAUUCAGAUCGUCUUAACUACAAGCAACUGCAAAAAAUCCAGUCAACAGUUCAAUAACACACCU